GUAUAUCUACGUUUAUCGAAAACAUUAGGGCUAUAUUCGUAGACACCCAACAGCGUGUUGUAAACAUUUACCUAGUGUCUGAUCGUUCAACAAUCAUCUUUACUGACAAUAAUCUAACGACGCCUUUGGUCAUGACGACGCGACGUACCACCCUAAAUGUCAUGAUUAACGUGCCAGCGAAGAGCUACGAAAAGAAGACUCCGCCAGCAACUUUACCAAAACCGAAGCGCUUUGCACCAGAAGAAACCACUGAACUUGACUUUCCUGCACCGCCACCCGAAGCUUACGAAGAGAAAACAGAUACUAGCGCUGACUUGAUCAUGUCGGCGCUAAACCAUGGGGAGGCAGAGGAUGAAUUGGACAAACUCACUGAUUUAUUGAUGAAAAAUCUCGCAAAUACCGAUGAUCCUGAUUUUUUUGGCAUAUGCUACAAAUGUGAAGGUAAAAUCACUGGAAGCAAGGCUGGAUGCAAAGCCAUGGGCAAUCUAUAUCAUGUCACGUGUUUCGUCUGCGAUAUUUGUGGCUGUCAAUUGCUGAACAAGCCAUUUUAUCACGUGGACGAUAAAAUUAUUUGCGAACCAGACUAUAUGAAUACUUUAGAGAGAUGUCAUGUUUGCAAAAAAGUCAUUAACGACCGAAUCCUUUGGGCUUUGGACGCUGCGUAUCACCCGGAAUGCUUCAAAUGUAUUGAUUGUGAACGUUGUUUGGAUGGCAUUAAUUUUACCUUAGACGCCAACGACAACAUUCACUGUGUUAAUUGCUAUUACAAAAAAUAUUGUCCUCGUUGCUUUGCAUGUAACGAACUGAUUUUACCUGAGGAAGGAACAGACGAAAUCGUCCGAAUUGUUUCGAUGGACAGAGAUUUUCAUAUUAGCUGUUUUAAAUGUGAGGAUUGUGGUCUGCUACUUUCAUCGGAAGAAGAAGGCAAUGGUUGUUAUCCUCUCGAAGGUCGUUUACUUUGCCAAUCUUGCAAUGCCAAACGCUUGGAAGAGAUGAGCCAAGAAUCCGGCUCGACACAGCAUCCCCUUACUACGGAACUCUAACGAUACAGCAAGAAAAUGAAAUAUUUUCAUUAUAUUUAAGUGUAUACCUAUGAUAGAUAUUCGUAGCGUGAGGAAUUCUGUGAAUAAUUAGAAAUAAAGAAGCUGUAUUUAUGGCAGUGUAAGUUAUGUUAUACUUUUGGAUGAUUUUUUAAUCUUAUUUAAACAUUUCAAGUCUGACAAUCUCACUAGAAGUCACCACCAUUUCUAGGCAAUUUCGAGAAUUAUGUCUCCAAGUUGUGAGACAAUUCACAAUUGAUCGAAGUAAACCAAACAAACUCACACGAUAAUAAAGUUUACCAAGAUAUAUAAACCAAACACUCUAAAAAUUAUAAUAUAUGUUCGUCACAGUACUGUUUGUAUAGACCCGUGCCUAGGGGCGCAAAAAAAUUUUGGGGCCCCAGAUUUUUUUGGGCGAAAAAAUUUUAUUUCGACAAUGAGAUUAAUUUAAGAAAGCAACUUUGCAAUACGAAAACAAGUGCUACUUAGAUAAAUAUAAUUGUUCAGAGAAAAAUACAACUUCAACUCUGGAAAAAUAUGUACCAAGAAUGCAAUCCGCGAGCGUUAAACAAUGAUAUAAGUCCCAAAGUCAAUAAGUGCCCAGGAGCCCAAAAAACCUUAAUGCGGCCUGCUCUGUCUCGGUUACAUACGUGACACUACUGAACUCGUUUCUCUUUCCCAACUAUCACUUCUUUCUUUUGAUAACAUUGCAUGUGGUGAUCGGUUGUUGCGCACUUACAGACUUACUGUGUUUGAAAUAAAGAUUUUAAUUACAAAGCUAUAGAUUUCUGUAGAGGAGCUAUUGGUUCCUCAUACUGUUGGAUGGAGACAAUGCCUUGAAAGCAGGUGUUUGGUAAAUGAUCUUAUGAAUAAGGUGGUGGCUAAUAUAAAAGUUGGAUAGAUAUAUUUAUGUUUAUUUAUCAAAUUAUCACACGUGUACUAGAUUAUCAACCUAUUGAAAUUGAGAAUGUAUUAAAAUAUUUUGAUCACGGUACAGCUUUUAAA